AUGGGUAUUCGAGGUUUAGAAACAUUUAUUAGAAAGACGUUCGACCAAGUCGAAAAAAUUAAAUUUCAUAAUUGCAAUGUUGUAAUCGACGGUGAUUCAAUUUAUCAUCAGAUGUAUCAAGAAUGUGAAUUAACAUGUGUGUUUGCUGGAGAAUACGAUCAGUUUUAUCAAUCUUGUAUACAAUUGUUUGAAUCAUUUAAAAAAUGCCAAAUCAAUGCAUUCGUAGUCUUUGAUGGAGCACAACUUGAUAGUCGAAAAGAAUCAACAAUGAUAAAGAGAGCUGAAGAUAGUAUUGUAAAAUCAACGACUGAUGAUUCAAUAGUUUCCAUUAAUCCCAGAUUACUUCGUCAAACAUUCAUCAGUGUACUUGAUGUAAUGCAAGUUCCAUAUAUUUCAGCACUCGGUGAAGCCGACGAUGAAUGUGUCUCACUAGCAAAUCAUUUUAACUGUUACUUAAUGGCUACUGAUAGUGAUUAUUUUUGCUAUAAUCUUCAUCGUGGCUACAUACCAUUUGAAUCUCUUGAUAUUAAUCCGAAAAAAAGACAUGGAUAUGUGUAUCUAACUGCACAAUUAUAUCAUAUUGAUUCAUUACUUGAAAAAUUCGAAGGUUUACAACCGAAAACUUUAGCUUUGGCGUGCUGUCUUUGUGGUAAUGAUUAUAUUGAUAGAGAUUCAACCAUAAAAAUAAUUAGAUAUAUGAAUAAUAAUGUGGAAACAUCGAAAAACGUACAUAAUAAUCAAUCAAAACAAACACAAAAUCUUUGGAAUGCUAUGGAAUGGAUGCGAAAAAAGACUGACAUAGAUGAAGCACUUGAUGACUUAUCGACAGAAGUUCAUUUGAAUUCAAAUAAUGAAUUAAGAACAAAAAUCGAAGAAGCAGUAUUAUGUUAUUUGGAACCAUCUGAUACGUUAAUCUAUCGAUUUAAUUCAUCAAAUAAUGCUAACCCAAAUCUUUUCAAAAAUCCUGUUUUUGUUCAACUUGCUCGAUCCUAUCUUGAUACGCUUGAUAUGAAUGAUAAUCAGAAAGAAGAUUCUGUCAAUGAAAUUUCACAGAAUAUUAAAAGUAAAUGUAAUCAUUCGUUACCUUUGUUUCUUGCCGAUGCUGUCACUGAUCUUCGUCUAUCAUCAUCAUUUAUUGAAAUUUUUAUUCGCCGUCAAUUAAUCUGUAAAGCACUUAUCGAAGUUAAAGAGAAACCAUCAAUCUUUACUUAUGCCAUUCCCAUUGUAUUACCAUGUUUUACUAUAUUACUCAAAUGGGAUAAAGAUCAAAAUGAUUCCUCCGUCGUCUUUCAUCAUCGUAAAGUAGAUAAAUUAGAAGAAGAUAAAUAUUCGAUAAAUACUCAAGCUGAUGGUUUUCCUGAACUUGAACAGAUUUGGACAACAAUGCCAGUUUAUGAACGUCAAGGUUUUGUAAGAAAAUAUCUGGAAAUACCUGAUGAAUUUGUUCAACGCUUAGAAAAUAUUCCUUCGGAUUUUCAUUUGUGGUUAAUGAUUAUUUAUUAUUGGUACAUUCGAUGCAAAAUUUCAUCCAUAUAUCUUUAUGCAGUAUUUCUUUGUUUCAUUAAAUGUAUUUCUCUACGAAAUGAUCCAGAAUCAAUGACAGAACAAUUCAAUGCUUUAUUAACUACUUUUAAUAUUAACAGUUCUCGUCAGUUAAUGGAUUUAUCUAAACAUGAAAAAAUUUUUGAAAAAUUCGAAGAAUUAGCUGAGAAGGAUUCGAAAAAAACAAAUUUUAAUAAACGAACAACUUAUGAAUUGAACUGUCUUCAAGUGAUCUACUUAUUUGGUCUACGAUUGAACGACUUUUUCAAUACACCAUUUCGUUAUUCAACUUAUCCACAAGAUUUUAUUUCUGGAUCAUUGUUCUAUGGUUUUGUAAAAUAUUGUCAAGAGAAACAUUAUGUACUCAAUAUGAACAAUUCUAUGGAUACUCUUUUUGGAAACAAAACAUAUCUUGUUGAUCUUUUACGUAGUCUAUAUAAUCUUAUUACACUAACUGACGCAGAAAAUGAUGGUUAA